CGGGGCGGGUAGGUGGCUUCGCGGGCUGCCGCCGGCUGGCGCGCACCGGGAAGCGGCCGGCAGAGGCAGGCGAGCCCCGGCCACGACGGGCGCCGCUGGCGGCGCGGGAGUUCCAUGGAGGACGUGGGGCUGCGGAGUGGGCGGGAGCGGCUGGCUGGCGGCGACCCGCGUCUCGGCGCCGUGCUGGUGGAACCCGUGGUGGUGAUGGUGGAGCAGCGGGCAGUGGAAGGCUAUAAGCUGGUGGAGGUGUUGCUGACCGGCGGGGCUCCCUGGGGCUUCACCCUGAAAGGCGGACGAGAACACGGGGAGCCCCUCAUCAUCACCAAGAUUGAAGAUGGGAGCAAAGCUGCAGCUGUGGACAAGUUAUUGGCUGGGGAUGAAAUUGUUGGCAUCAAUGAUGUGGGCCUUUCCGGCUUCCGACAAGAAGCAAUCUGUCUGGUGAAAGGUUCACACAAGACACUGAAGCUUGUAGUUAAAAGAAGAAAUGACCUAGCCUGCAGGCCUCACUCCUGGCAUGCAACCAAAUUUACAGAAAGUCAACCUGAGACAGCCACGUCACACCUUUCUUUGUCCAAUGCCUCCACUUCCUGGCACUCGCGCUAUCAUGCAAGUUGUUCUUCUCAUGACCUGUCAAACUCAUGGGAUCAGUCAAGUCUACAUCGCACUUCUGACCAGUUCAGCUCUUUGGGAAGUAUGGACAGCUGGGAGCACACUCCACAAGUAUCCCAGUAUGGUAGACUUUCUUCUGCAAGGUCUAAUAGUAGCAUCGAUCAUCUAGGGAGCCAAAGCAAGCGGGAUUCAGCCUACGGGUCUUUCUCCACGAGUUCUAGCACACCUGACCACACUCUAUCCAAUGCAGACACUUCUUCGACAGAGAAUAUGCUAUACAAAGUAGGCCCCUGGGAGACUGCUAAGCAUGGAAACAAGUCUGGCCAGUUCUUGAAUGACAACAACGGGAUAGAGGACAAACCUGGGUAUUUGCCUGCUUCGAUCCACUACGAGAACAACAGAAGCCCUAGAAUAGAGGAACACUCUGAUGGCAAGCUCUCUAGCUCUGGAAGAUCCAGUUUUGGACCUGUCUGGUAUGUUCCUGAUAAGAAGAAGUCUUCAUCUCCGCCCCCUCCACCACCACCUCUUCGUAGCGACAGCUUUGCUGCUACCAAAGGCCAUGAGAAAGCUCAUGGCCCUAUGUACUCAGAGGGAGCCAGCACGCAGCACUUUACAGCCCUGAACCGGUCUCAGCCCAGAAGUGACUGGAACUUGGAAACUGUGGAGCAGCAGCGGUGGCCCUCCCGAGUGUGUGACAGAAGGGUCAGCAGCUCAAAUUAUAAACCUGAUCUCAGCUCAGAACAUGCUUUUUCUUCAAGUGUUGAAAGGUACAAUAGUAAUGCAGGAACUGGAAACAAACUGCAGUCGUCCUUGUCCAGCACUGAUGUUCGGUUUGCACAGCCUGCUUACAGUUACCACCACCAGCACCAGUACAGUGAUGAAAGCACUUUUUUUCACAACGCAAGAAUCUUAGCUAUGCCUAAAGAUCAGCAACAUUAUCUGUCCUAUAGUGGCAUUCAGGAGUUACCUACAGAUCCUUUUCAUGGCUAUAAUCCAAACCAAGCAAAUGUGCUCAGCACUUCCUCUUCUUUAAACAGUGCUGCCGAACAGAAGGUGGACAGCACUGGACAGAGUCGCUAUUACUGCGUGACAGUAAAACAGCCUGCUCAGGGAAGCUCAAAGCCACUACAACUCAAGGACGACAACUGGAAACCUGCAGUGGGGACUGAUGUAUUGCCUGAACCUCAUGAAAAUCCUGCAGUUGUCACAGUGGUCCAAAAACCAAAAUAUUAUCUACCUCAACAAUCUGUUGAAUCUUCGCUGAAAGGGGGUGAGAACAGUAGUCAUUACCCAGUGGACAGAGAGGGGGAAGUUAGGUGUGCUGUAGCAGAAGGAGCUAAAAAAGCCAAUCGUAUCGAAAAGUCUGGACAAAAGAAAAACUUUGAGAGCAGCUCUGAGGAGAGCGAAGCAAGGUACGGUCAACAGGAGUAUGUAAAGGGCUGUGUCUUUACCGUUGAAAACAGAUCUGCUCAGAAAGAUUUUAGGUGGGGAAAAGAUGAGAGUAGCAAGAUUUCUCCUCAGAAGACCCCGAUGUUGCACUCCUUAACUCAGGAAGGGAAAAAACAGUCUGACAACAGCUCAGAAGCAGUAACAGAGCGACAGGUCCCAUUUGACACUCACUUGUCUAAACAGGCACGAAGGAGUGAUCGUUUUGCAACAACCCUGAGAAAUGAGAUCCAAAUGAGAAGAGCGAAGCUGCAGAAAAGUAGAAGCACUGCUACAUUAGUAGGGUCAUCUGAAACAGAGGAGUGCAGUGAGACCUGGAAGCCAGAUUCAGCAGAAAAUGUCACCACCUCCCCAGAGACUAACUUUAACAGCACCUACAAAGAUCACCUCAAGGAAGCACAGGCCAGGGUUCUGAGGGCAACAUCCUUCAGACGUCGGGACUUGGAGCCCAGCCCUGCUGAAUAUCUCCCCAGGUCACCCGAGCGGAAAAGUGGUAGUUACAACUCUUCAUUACCAGCUUCAGUUUCUGAAGAUGUGUCUGGAUUCCUCGAGGCUACACAAACUAAACAAAACCCUAAUGGGAGUGGCACUCAUCACGUUUCCCGCAUCGGAGGCAGGAAGAGGUUCACAGCAGAGCAAAAACUGAAGUCUUAUUCUGAACCAGAGAAGAUUAAUGAGGUGGGAAUGUCAGAGGAUGAGUGCCACGCUCAUUGCCAUCCAAAUACAUCCGAGGAAGCCCUGGGCACAUUUGCAGACAGGUGGAAGUUUUUUGAAGAAACAAGUAAGCCUGCAUAUAGGAAAUCGGCUCAGAAACCAGCUCCCCACAGUCUAGCCGAGGGACAACCUGAGAGGCCAGAUAGGAAAGCUCACGGUGGACAAGAAGGAGAGGAGUCUUGGUAUGAGAGAAGAGGUCGGGCAGCCUCCAUUGGACUUGAAAGUGCACGUGCUUCAAAAGACAACAUCCACUAUAGUAGCAGCAGUAAGGCUACCGAUAGGAUUGUGAAACCUGAACAGCCGCAGCGUCUGGGAACUUUUGCAGAGUAUCAGGCGUCAUGGAAGGAGCAGCGGAAGCCGAUAGAGCCGAGGAGCUCAGGAAGGUACCAUUCAGCUGAUAAUAUUCUUGAUGCAGGCCACGAACCUGAGAAAACCCAGUACACUCACGAGAGGUCUAGAUCAUCCCCUUCUACUGAUUUCUACAAACAGGAAGCCUCGGUUGAAGUAAGGAGACAAACAGAAGAUUUAAAGGAAGAUGGGGAGCGUAUUUUCUCUAAAGUUAACGAUCUGGAUGAAAGAAACUGCACUGUAAGGCAAGCUGACACAGGGUCCCUGAGGGAAAACCCAUGGGAGAAGAGGGAUCGGCUGGAUGAGAAUUUAGGCCACAAGUGGAAGGUAUCUGUCAGACCUUUGCAUGCACGAGAGCCUGCAGUUCUGCCUCAUGAGAGCCGGGGCAGGUCUGGGACAUUGCCUAGUGAUUACCGAUACUCUCAGGAAAACACGAAUGAGAAGAGCGAGGAUCUUAGCCUGCCUCAUGUCCCCUCCUCUGAGCCACAGUCCUUGAACGAGAACCACUCCUGUCUGUCCCGAGGCAAAGGAGAGGAAAACCAUAGGGUAGAGCCGGCACUGCUGAACAAGAAGCGGGGACCUCCUCCUCAGAGGCCACCACCGCCUAAAAGAGAUAAAUACAGGCAACUGGAUAAUUCUGCACCGUCGCUCGGCACCUCUCCUGAAUCUCUGCUGGUAGCACCCAGCCGGCCCUUUCCACCCUCCUCCCUCAGCUCCACUGAAGUAUUUGCCGGUCACGCCUCUCUCUCUCAGAGUCCUGCAGCUUUCAAUGGAAAACUGAAGAGUGCUAAUCCACAGCAGCUCCAGCAAGCAUCGUCCUCGGAGAAUGUCUGUCAGCACUUAGAAGAAAAAACGCACCUUAGGUCUGAGUCUGUAAUAUCUUCCAAGUACCGGUAUCUUCAAAAACCUGUCAUGGAGACGUCAAGGUCCCCUUCUCCUCAGUUUGCACCACAGAAGCUCACUGAUAAACCUCCUGUGUCCGUACAGGAUGAGAACCCGGCCAGAAUUGAAAGGGUUAUAGACAACAAUACUACAGUGAAAAUGGUUCCCAUCAAGAUAGUUCAUUCUGAGAGCAGCGCAGAGAAGGAGAGUCGGCAGAGUCUUGUCAGUACCAUGGAGCCUCCCGCUUUACCCAGCGGUUUGGAAAAGGACCAAAUCAAAACACUCAGCACUUCUGAGCAAUCUUAUUCACGAUUCUGUGCUUACACUAGACAAGGUGCAGAGCCAGAGCCAGAAGCUAGAACCAAACCAGCUGACCCUCAACCAGCUGAAGAACCUGAGAGCAACUUGAAGGACAACAGUGCUGCCACACCAGCAGUCAGUUACGUAAAGGCCAAAGAGAAGACUUUUGAAGACUGGAAGUCAGAGGAACUAGCCAGAGAGAUUGUGGGAAGAGAUAAAUCUCUAGCAGACAUAUUAGAUCCUAAUAUGAAAAUUAAAACAACCAUGGAUUUGAUGGUUGGAAUAUUCCCUAAAGAUGAACACCUCCUAGAAGAAGCUCAGCAGCGCAGGAAGCUCCUGCCUAAAGUUCCUUCUCCAAAAAUUUCAGAGGAGAAAAAAGAGGAACAAAACACGACGUCUGCCAUUUCACUGACAACCAGUUCUACGUACUACAGCACAUCUGCACCGAAGGCAGAGCUGCUGAUUAAAAUGAAGGACAUGCAGGAGCAGCAGCAACAGCAGCAGAGCGAGGAUGAUUCUGAAGAUGAACUGGAUCAUGACUUGUCAGAAAAGAAGCAAGAACUUAUUGACAGCAUUAGUAGGAAGCUGCAGGUGCUGAGGGAAGCACGGGAGACACUUCUGGAAGACAUCCAGGCAAACAACAUACUGGGAGAGGAGGUAGAGGCCAUCGUGAAAGAAGUCUGCAAACCGAAUGAGUUCGACAAAUUCAAGAUGUUUGUCGGUGACCUUGACAAAGUGGUCAACCUCCUGCUGUCACUGUCAGGUCGUCUGGCCCGGGUGGAAAAUGCCCUUAAUAACCUGGAUGAAAAUACCUCUCCAGAAGAACGGCGGACAUUGGUACAGAAGCAGAAGCUGCUGACCCAGCAACACGAAGAUGCAAAAGAACUGAAGGAAAACCUGGAUCGUCGAGAGCGUAUCGUCUUCGACAUCCUGGCAAACUAUUUGAGCGAGGAGAACUUAGCAGACUAUGAGCACUUUGUAAAAAUGAAGUCGGCCCUCAUCAUUGAGCAGAGAGAACUCGAGGACAAGAUCAAGCUGGGGGAAGAGCAACUGAAGUGUCUGACCGAUAGCCUCCAACCUGAGCGCCUCAAAUAAGAGGGACGGAGUUUGACCAAGGAUGUGAAAAAUGCGAAAGAAGGAAGGGACGGAGUGAGGGGUUCCAAGUGUACAAACGAGUAUCUUGGCUUCACUUUGAGUGUCCAGUAGAGAAACAAGUGCACAAGAGAAAAAACAGCUCUCACAACAGCAAUAACGCUCUGUUUCAUUUUUUGGGAUGAUGUAUUUAAUUUUUUAGAACACGUUUUUAUCACUGAACUCUACGGCUGUUUCUCAUUGCUUAACUUACAGAGAGCUCUAUAGAAUAGGGUAGACUCUUAACCUUUCUGCUCAGUAAGUUGAAAGUCUAUGUUGGUUGUGCAUGCAAACAGCAACGGGUUUUUUUAGAAUAGGUUGUGUUCAUUCUUUGUGUUCAGACUGCUGGGAAAGCCAACAGCAAUUUACAAAUGCACAUGAAUUUAGAAGCUCUAAAUUUAGUGGCUUCUAAUGUUUUUGUUUUUUUGAAAGACACAUCAAACAGGGGAAGCGUGCAUCUUACAGCUAAUAUAUUCAAAUUGCCGAAACGUGGUGUCACUCGUGAUCCUGUGGCAUCAGACACCUUUUUUUGUGUAAUAUUGUAUAUAGGAUGGCACUUUCCCCUUGCAGAAGAUAACUUGAAAAUCAGUCUCGGUUGUACAUUUCUCAAACCAGCUUGCAAAUGGCCUAACUGCUACCUUGCUGAAGACUUUUUUUUUUUUAACAAUUAUUUUGCAAGACAUAUUUGUACACCCUCUUAAUGCAAUGCAAGUGAUUUUUCUUUACCAAGUUGUACUUGAUGUUAAGUAACAGGCUGGAAGUACUGGCUGAUCUUGUUCAAAUCUAAAUUACUUAGAAGGGUCAUUUGCUCUUAUGCUUUUUAUGCAUGUUUUUAUUCUUCUUCUCUAAACCUGCUACCCUAUGUGAAAAUAAAUGUAAACUAAGGACGCUGUUUCUGGUUUUCUUCUGAUCGCUCAGCAUUGUGACGGUUUGAUGUAGACAGCUAAGUUAUACUGAAAUAGACCCACACCGUGCUGUUCAUUCUUUCUACGUUCUCGGGCCACCGAAUGCAAUAUAAACUCUCCUGCCAUGUAAAUACUGUGCAUUACUUGGAGGAACUCUGCUUUGUAACUGUGAACAUAAGUGGGUUUUGUUGGUUUGUUUUUUCCAUUGCACAAUGAUAAAUGAGAGGAUGCGAGUUCACAGUGUCAGAUUACUGGUUGUGUUCUCCUAAUACUGCCGUUGACUCCUAACAGAUGACCUCCUGUAGCUCUAAAGAGAGGUGCUAACUCCUGUUUUAGCACAGUAAUGGGUUAUGCUGGCUUGCUCAGACACCUACAGAGAAACUCUCUAGUGUCUGAACAUCAAGCUCUACCUUAAGAUGAAGUUUUGCACACAAAGGAAAGUCUUGAAUGGCUUUGUGCGUGUACCAUUUACAUUGUAGUAAGGAAAAGCUCUCUCUCUCCAUAGGCAAACCGGUUGCCCAACAAGAAGCCAUUUUUCAGGGCUGAUGUGAAGGUCGGUUUGUAGCUCAGCAGGCUGUGAAAAUACAAGUAGUUAGUUGUGUUGAAAAGAGAGAGAAAAUAAUUAUUCCUGCUAUUCCUGCAAUGGCAGUCUUCACAAAAAGUUUUUGUGCCCUUCUUACCCAAAUCCUCUCUCUCGCGAGGAGAGACGUGGAGAGGUGCUUAUCAGCAACUUCCUUGCAAGUUGGGGAUCUGGGGAGCAAAGAUCUUCUGGACCCAGAUCCUUUACAGACAGCUGAAAACGUUGAAAGGACUGUUGCUCCCCCACCACCCCUUAUGGUGCACUGCUUUGUAUACCCGGACCAAAUCUUUAAUGAAAUUAUGUUGAUGUGUUAUCAGUUGAGGUCAAAUGGAGCUACAGUUUUACAAGACCUACAGCUGACCUUAGUUUCCUCCUCCUAGUUCAGAAAUGUAGUCUUCUGGCAUCUCACAGUUGUAUGCUGCUAUGUUCCUAGGACAAGUGAUCCCUUUGUCCUUAAACUUAUCCCCUUAACCGUAACGAACCCAAAAACUAAACAAUUCCCAAAUAAAUUAUGCUUGUCUUUUAGCUUGGAGAAAAAGUGUGCAUUGUUUUAUCUGUGGCAUUUUUUUUUAAGAAUAAUUACAUAUUGUGGUUACUCUGAAAUGUGUAUGUGAAAUGUGAAUAAUAAUAAUAUAAUUACGACGUGUUUGUAUACAGUACUUUGAUUUAGGCCUUUUGGAUAAAAGGUAGCAAUAUUGUGAAUGCUCUCUCUAUAUAUUAUUAUCCUUCUCACCAAACAGUUGCGUAGAUGCCCUUCUCUCCUUUCAUUUCCUAAGACUGUUGAAAAUCUCUCGCCCUGGGAGCCUGAAGGUGGUUGCCUCCCAAUGUUAUGUGUAAAUCUGUAAAUAGCUGUAUGUGGCUUUUUCAGAAAAAAUCUGGUGCUAAUGUUUUUUGCCUUUGGCAGCCCGGGGAUGGCUGUCUCCUCACCACACCUUGUGCUCGAUUCUUAGAUCUCUUUGUAUAGUGAAAGAUCUCCACCGUGUUUCUCCAACUGUUUGAAUCCUGCAGCCCCUCAGAGUGAAAAUGUACAGUUUUCCUGCCUGACACCUCUAACACUUACCUACUGACAAAUGGUAUUGCUUGACUUUGAGAAAAUAAACUGUAUAUUUCAAUGUAGAGUUAGUUUUUGCGUGCAGUUUUAACUUAUCAAAUCCUACUGGUUUGCUGUGCAGUGUUGUCCAUCUCAUGGUGCCCAUCAUCAGGGCCUUUAGCUUUUAAAGGUCAGGCCAGUCACCUGUUGG